UGUGACAAAGGACCAAAUUAGUGACUACGAAAUUGUUGAUAAGGCGGACUGCAACCGUCGUUGCUCAUGGACGGUGCAAAUCCUGAUGCUUUACACUUGGAUAUGUCAGUAGUAGAGCUGCAACCGAGCCGCUCACCAGUUGCAAGCAUUUCAGGCAGCCACUUGAGCUUGCAACCUGAUCAUGAUGAGAUUUCGGAAAGCAACAGCAGCGACUUGCCUCCAACCGAGACAACGCCACUUGUCGUGCUGACGAGCAGGAAGCCGUUGGAGAAGCAGGAAGAGAAGAAACGACGGAGUCGCAAACAACAGAUUUGGCAUUAUGUGAGAGUUGGUGGGCUCUUUUUAAUUGUCGUGUUUAGCGCUAGUGUGUUUGCAAUAAAACCAGAACAGGAAGUGACUCCUCAUUUUCUGACUGCAAGUCGUAACAAUCCAGCAAAGUUAAAGAUUUCCGAAGGUCAACCUCUUGCUAUUAUUGUAGCAAAGUUUCAAGGUCCUUUUAAUAAUUCAGCACACAAUCUAACUCAUUUUUUAAAUGCCACCGUAAGACGUAUCGAUGAGGGCAGCAAUAAUGUGUCUUCUAAGUCAGAAGUAACAGCAAAAGAAGGACCUAUUGCUCUUAAUGUACUAAGCAGCACAGCUGCUCUCGAUGAGGACCAUCCACAAAUUGUCACACAAUCGUUUUACCUAUUUGACAACGAGAUUGAGAAAUCUCAUUUGUAUUUCUACAUUGAGUCUACAGAAGAGGAGCCGGUCAAUUUUGCUGUUCAUUAUUCUGCCUCACCAAAAGAAGCAGAAUGGGAGGCUCUUUACGGCGGUCUUAUUCUUGUGUUUGUAUAUCUACUUAUUGUAUUUGAGCUUGUUCAUCGAACUGUAGCAGCAAUGGUAGGCAGCUUAAUGGCUCUUGCAGUCUUAUCUGCACUAAACAAACGUCCAACUGUGGAGGAGGUCAUGGAGUGGAUUGACUAUGAGACUAUUUUGCUUCUGUUUGGAAUGAUGACGAUUGUUACGAUUUUUGCAAACACAGGAUUUUUUGAUUAUGCAGCAGUAAAGGCAUACAAACUUGCAAAGGGCAAAGUGUGGCCUCUCAUCACCAUCCUCGUAUUCUUUGCCGGCAUCGUAUCUGCAUUCCUUGACAAUGUGACGACCAUCCUACUGAUGACGCCCGUCACAAUUAAACUAUGUGAAGUGCUGAAUCUCGAUCCAAAAAAUGUGUUGAUUGCUGAGGUGUUGUUUUCAAAUAUUGGAGGAACGGCUACGGCUGUUGGUGAUCCUCCUAACGUGAUUAUUGUUUCUGAUCGUAACAUCAAGGCUACGGGCAUUAAUUUUGCUUCGUUUACUCUUCAUCUUUCUAUUGGGAUUUUCUUCUGUAUGAUUGGUGGGUAUUUUAUAUUGAGGCUGUUGUAUCGUUCAUUGAAUUUGGAGAAUCCUGAUGGUCCAGAAGUGACAGAAUUGAAACGAGAAGCCAGAAUUUGGCGAAGAACAGCUCAUCGUAUUCGUAUCGUAACGGCUGAAGAGAGCACAGUGAAGGCAUUGUUGCUACAGAAAGCUGAGGGAGUUGAGCAUAAAUUGAGAGAAAAACUGUACAAAGAGACUUCUGUCAAGUCUUGGAUAAAGAAUUUGCGAAAGCUGGAAAAGACGUAUUAUGUAACUGACAAACCACUACUGAUCAAGAGCACUGUCAUCCUUGCUGCUGUCGUCUUGUUAUUCUUCUCAUACUCGUUUGUUAGUGACGUGCAUGUGGAGUUGGGUUGGAUUGCUGUUUUGGGUGCCGUGUGGCUGAUUGUCUUGGCCGAUGUUCAUCAGCUAGAACUUUUGUUGGAGAAAAUUGAGUGGGCAACGUUGCUGUUUUUUGCUGCAUUGUUUAUAUUAAUGGAGGCACUGAAAGAGAUGCAUCUCAUCCAGUUCAUCGGCGACUCCACAGCAAGUUUGAUCAAAAAAGUUCCAGAAGAACAUCAACUCCUCGCUGCCCUGAUUCUUAUCGUCUGGAUAUCGGCCAUCGCAUCAUCGUUUGUUGACAACAUUCCAUUCACAACUGCAAUGAUACCUAUUAUACUCAAUUUGGGCAAUGAUGAGUCGUUAAAUCUUCCGCUUCCUCCUCUUGUAUGGGCACUGGCUAUGGGAGCAUGUCUUGGUGGAAAUGGCACACUAAUUGGAGCAUCAGCAAACGUAGUGUGCGCAGGUCUAGCUGAACAAUAUGGCUGUCCCUUCUCAUUCAACUAUUUCUUCAAGUACGGAUUUCCAAUGAUGUUAGGGACUGUACUAAUUGCUACAGUGUAUCUGGUGGUUUGUCAUGUCGCCAUCGGUUGGAAUGGCAUAUAGAACAAACCCAGUAGGACAGCACAUCUACUGUAUCUUACUGUAUAAUUUUAUUACGUUUAUUUUAGUAUUAGUUUUUUUAUUAUGACUUGGGGGUUUAUGAUUGUCAUCUAGUUUACAAAGUGUUUGAAUGGUUGAUAUUGGGAA